AUGGCAGCAGCGCCGACCUUCUCCGCCAGCGGCACGCCGUCGUUCUGCGCGCCGGCCAAGAUCAGGAUCCUGCUGGUGCCGGCGGCGCCACUGGAGCAGGCCGAGUUUGAGCGGUGGUCCAGUGUCGUGCGCGCGUACGAGCACAUCCCGCUGACCGAUGUGCCACGCUCGCGGCCGCCGCCCCGGGCGCCCGUGUACGAGCAGAGCGAGGUGCACUUGUCGUUCGUGACGACGCACGACUCUGCGAGCACGUACCUCGCGCCCUUUCAGCUGCAUCACGUCGUGCACGGCGUCCUCGGCCUCGCGACGCGUACCACGGCCCUGGAGCGUGUGCCUCGGAUGCUGUCGGAGGCGUAUCCACACGCCUUUGCGCAUCGCGUAUGGGCGUUUGACGUGCGAAAGGCUCGAGAAAAUGGCGAUAUGGCUAUGGAGCACGAUGACGGCGUCGAUGAUGCGUUUGAGCCGCAGAGCGACGUGUGCCGCGCCCGUGAGCCGGGCGUCCACGUCGUGCCUGCCGUGCGUCGCGAUGCGCAGGACGUGCGGUGGUACGUGCGUCAGCUCCUCGCGGACAUGAUCGGCUCGCUCCUUGAUCAGCUCGAUCACUACGUCGCGCAUCUCGACGAGCUCGAGACACCGCGCGAGACGCUGCGGGGCGCAGCGCCUCCGCCAGCGCCAGCGCCGUCGGAGAUGCGCCUUGUGCCGCGCAAAUCGACCGUCGCGACGGCAAGCAAGAUUUUUGGGCUGAAAAAGAGCAGCGUCGAAAAGCCGGCGCCCUCGCUGCGCGUCGUCAAGGUCAAGGCAGAUGCAGCGAUGAUGAGUGGGUACCUGUGGGACGCGCUCGAGCUGUACGACAGCAUCCUGACCCACACAGGUCGGGAGCGCGCUCUUGCCGGCGGUCACGACGCCGUGUGGUUCGCGGGCGCGCUCGAGGGAUGGGCCGUCACGCGGGUCAUUCUCUCGCGCAUGGGCGGCGAGGCCGUGGCGCAGGCGCCGUGCCUCUUGUACCCCCUCACGCCGGGCAAGGACAAGGACACGCACGAUCCCACCCCGGAGCCCCUGGCAUGGCGCGACGUCGCUGAGGCGUACGCCCUGGCGCUCGCCAUCUACCGCCAAUGCCUCGCGCCGCCGCACGUCCAGCUCGAGGCGCUGCGGUCCAUGACGAACGAGACGUCGCGCGACUACACACCGCCGUACGUCUACGCCAGCGCGUGCCUCCAAUAUGCGCGCUUCCUCCUCGCCCUCUUUGCUUCCGGCGGAUGGAACGCCGAUGCGCACGACCAGCUCAUGUACGGCGGCGACCCACCAGCGCUCGAUACGGGCGUGCCGCUCACGUUCAGCGAGCAAGCGCACCUCGCCGCCGUCUCGGGCAUUUACCGCCACGAAAUCGCCGCGGCAGCGAGCGCAGCUCUCACGCCGUCCUUGCCGCUGCUCGUGCCGACCGAGCAGCUGCGCAUCCUCGCGCCCCUGCACCGCAUAUGCACGCUGCUGAGCUACACACGCCUGGCGGCACACAUAGGGCGUGUGCUCGGCACAGUCGUGUGCAGCAUGCUGACUCGCACGCUGCGAACGCGCUCAAUCGCGCCUCACGUCGCCUGGGACAGCGUGCGAGACAUGCUGCGGUGGCAUACCCACACCACCACGAUGCCGCGUGCCGAUGCCGUUCCCACGGGCGUCUUCGCUUCGGCGAAUCCGGCCCUCGUUCUCGGCAUCGCGGCGUGCGAUGCCUACGGCAUCGACAUACUGGCCUCGCCGCUCGUGCAUGUGCCUCCGACGCACAUCCUCGAGAUCGCUCGUCAGCGCAUAUGUGCGUACGCUUAUACCGACAUGCUCACCUCCGCCCUCGGCGACGAAGGCCGCCGAUGGCUGCCGCGACUGAGCGACUCGGCCGCCGUCGCAUACCGCCCACGAGCGCCGUUUGGAUGGCACGAUCUGCAGGUACAGCUCCUCCAGGACUUGAUCGUGCAGUGUGAGGCGCUCGACGAACCUUUGGGCCAAGUGUUCUUUGCGGCGCUCCUCUUGCGACACACGCGCCCCACGGCCGCGAUCCUCGACGGCCUGCGUCACGCGCUUCCACGCGCUCAGACAUAUGCGCCGCAUGUCCAGCUGCGCUACUGGGGCCCACCCGACCUGCUGCGCUCCAUGCAAUGGCAUGCUGGCCGCGUGCACGUAUCCCUAUGCAACCCAUGGCCCAUCCCCCUGCCCCUGUACGAUGUGCACGCGGUAGGCGCGGGCCUCGACGUGUCGACGCCCGCCGUGCAAGCCGUCGUGCCCCCCCACUGCCUUCACACCCUCCAGCUCCACGUCGUGCCCCAGGCCCCCGGCACCUGGCACCUCCGCGGCGUACGUGUGCGGUUGUGGGGCGCCGAGGCGCACACCCUACACAUCCACAAAAGCAGCGCGCCUAUUCGCUGCGCCGCAGGCUUGCUGGGCCGCCCAGGCGCUCAGCUCGUGCAGUGGAUCAUCCAGGCGCGCGUACGAGACUUGAGCCAGGCGCUCGAACGACCGCCCGCAUCGCUGGCAUGCGCGCUGGGCGCGCCGCGUGCGCCCUGCCACAUCCGCCUACCCACCUCGGUCGUCCUGCUUAUGGACGGCGCCUCAGAGCAUGUGCGUGUCGCCCUGCACAACCCCUCGGAUGCGCCCAUCGACGUGCCAUGCUCCGUGGAUGAUGGACAGCCGCCGCCACACCGUGAGGCGUCAGAGAUCGAGCUGUACGAGCACGAGUGGCUCGCGCUGCACGAGCCCGUCGCGACGAUCCACCCCACCCGUGUGUCCGUGGCACCGCAUGCCACAGCGUAUGCAGAUGUGCACGUACGUGGACGGACGGGCUGCGACUGGCUCCGACUGCACGCCGGCUCCGAGGUAGCGACGCUGCCCCUCUGCGUCGAGCCCAGCGUCAUGACGAGCGACUUGCGCGUCGAGCGCAUCAGCGAUGCCUCGGCGCAACGGCUCUUCGCGGCCCUGCAGGCGCCUGCCCCGCAGCCCGGCCCGUAUGUGCUCGUGAGCUUCCACGCACGGAAUGUGUCCACGUCGUCCCUGCGUGUGUGUAUCGAUGCGGGUGUGCGCCUCGAGCGCACACUGCCGUCAGGCGAGUCGGCCCGCAUGGCAUGGCCGAUGGCACCGAUGACACUCACGCACGCCGAUCUCCUCCGGCCCAUUCCUGCGCUGUGCGAGCGUCAGUAUGUCGUGCCCAAAACCACGCUCUCAGACGCGGCCAAGGCCCAGUUCUGGGUGCGCGAAGCGCUGUGGCAACGCGUGCGGGCGACGUGGACGACGAGCGCGGAGGCCCACGGUGACGUGCAUCUACGUGCCCUCUGGCCCUCCGACGCUCAUGUGCCGCUGCUCGUGGCGCCGCGCGUCCACGUCGAUGUGCACAUGGACACAGCCGCGGCCACCGACUCGGUGGUGCGUCCCACCAUCCGUGUGCGCGGACUCGAGGGAGCCCAGUGUGUACGCGUACGCAUCGAGCCGCGCCUCGGCACAGAUGCGCCCCGCAUGCAUGCCAUGGCGCCCGAAGGGGCGUGGGACAUGACCUGGUCUCCUCUCGCUUCCCCCGAACUCGAAUGGACCACAUCCGUGUGCUUCUUGUCCGAAGGGCCGUGGCUCGUGGGCGCAUAUGCUCACGUCAUAUGGCCGAACGCCACCGAGCCGCACCUCUAUGCCAGCACAGCAGUGCAGGUGGAUGUGUCGUAA